UAUGGCUCACAAACGCUUGCCAGACGCCGUGCAGUCAAGUUUUGCUUCAAGAAAUAGUCGACAAAAUAAAUUUCCAACCUAAAAAUGGUGUCAAAUGUAAAACUGAUCUUGGCUUUCACCGUCUUGGCCACAUUGGCCUGCACGGGUUAUGCCAUUAAGUGUUACCAGUGCGAUUCCUUGACGAAUCCCAAGUGUGGAAAGGAUAUAAAGUCCGAUGCUGAUCUGGUUUUGGAUUGUUCCAGGACGGCGCCUCCUCGAUUCCUUCAAAACUUUUUCCCAGUUCGCAAUGCAACCGGUUGCAUGAAGCAGACAAUCGAAAUUCCUGGCAACCCCCAGAUCGUGAGGAGCUGCUACUUUGGUGACCUUAACAACAAACAGACCGGAUGUCAGACCGAUGUUAGCCUGACGACCAACAAGCUGCUGAGCUGCGAGGUCUGCACCGAAAACGAGUGCAACGGAUCCUCCUCUAUGGCUCCCAUUGCCGGAGUUAUCCUACUCUUCUUCGGGCUGGCUCGUCUAUUGGCCUAAAUUAGUAGUAUUCUUCAGUAGUGCCGCCGAUAGCAAUCAUAUCGAAUCUGCUUUUAAAAAGCCCACAAGCGCUUAAGUCACUUUUAAAUGUUAUACACCUUUUUUGUCCACAAUAAAAAUCACGUUAUUUAUUUGAAAUUCUCAUUUAA